ACCCAUUCGUCACUCUCACAUACGCCACUCGCGUUCUUUCAUCGUCUCUACGUUCUCUCUCUCGGUCUGCGUCGCCCUCUCUCCUUCCGAUAGAGGCGGCGAUCAUCGUCGUCCAGAGGCGGCGGCGGAGGCGGCGGCGGAAGAGGAGGAGUUCGGGGAGCGGCGGCGAUGAAUCCGGACACGCUGGCGAUGGCGUUUGUGGGGCUUUACUACGAGACGUUCGACAAGAGCCGGGCGGAUCUGGGGAGCCUCUACCGGCAGGGCUCGAUGCUGACCUUCGAGGGGGUGAAGAAGAAGGGGGUGGAGGCCAUCGUCGCCAAGCUCACCAGCCUCCCCUUCCAGCAGUGCCAGCACAAUGUCUCCACCAUCGACUGCCAGCCCUCCGGCGCCGGUGGAAUUCUCGUCUUCGUCAGCGGCUCCCUCCAGCUCCCGGGCGAGCAGUACCCCCUCAAGUUCAGCGAGAUGUUUCAUUUGUUGGGUAUCCCUCAAGGAAGCUUCUAUGUGCUGAAUGACAUAUUCCGGCUGAACUAUGCAUGAGGAGCCACAAAGCAGCAGGUUGUGAUAGGAAUACCAGGAGAUAAACUGUUUUGUGUGACGGGUUUUCUAUGGAAUGAGGAUUGUUGUUUUCUUGUUCAGCUGUUUGUUUCCCUUUCUGUUGAAUGGAUGGUUUGGAAAAAGGAAUGUUAAAACCUCUCAUAGUUUUACAAGAAUUAAACCAUGAUCAUUUCUAUAUGUCAUUUCUUACUGUUUGAGGGGAGA